AUGAAGAGCGGACGCGCUCAUGACUACCACUAUCUGUACAAACGAAGAGGGGGUGGUCACUAUCACGUUCCUCCCUUUGCAUUCUUGCUACUCUUUCGUUUUCAAUCGGCAACUUGUUCUGUGCGUCGCGCGUACGAUCCUCGUAACUGGCGCCAGCUUAGCUCAGGACUUCUGAUCGUAGGCGUGAUCGUCGUCACGGCUAAAGAAGGGCAUCGACUGUUAGACCACCUCGUCCCGCUUACUCUCUUACAUCCGACUCGUAUCUUCGCCGUCUUUUUACAGCUCGUAUACCGCUUCGUGUUCAAGGUUUCUUAUUUGAGGAUAAUCUAGCGAUUCCUGUCUUCACUGUUUUGUAUAACCCUAUACUAUAGGAUGUUCCACGUCUCUAUACUAAAUUGUACUAGUAUGUUAUGAAUAUAGGAUACG